UUGGCCCUUUUUUUCAUUUCUUUCUACCCCAAAUCUGUAACUACCAACCGUUUCUAUAUAUAUUUAGGCAAAAGUUUAGGGUUUACUUAUUGUUCUUCAAUUUAAUUUCCAGUUAAACCUUAAUUUGAUGAGCCAUGUCUGUUUUAGAUCAAACUUCAAAAGACCUUAGUGUCGCAAGGGUUGUAAUGCACAAACUUGACGGAACUUUCAAAGAUUUUCAGUCCCACUGCUACUCCGUCUUUGCUCUCGGUAAUCAAUGGCAGACUCUGCAGUCUUGUUUCGCUGCGGCAAACGACUCUCUCGAGAAACGAGUCGAGGAAGUAGAGGCAAAAGAGAGGGAAGUUGAUAUGGCUAAGAAUAUGUUGCAGAAUUCACAAAAGGAGGUUGAGUUGAGGCGGAAGAAGUUGGAGUCAGAGGAGAAGUCGUUGAAUGAGAGAAUUGGAGAGAUGGAGUUGAGGGAGAAGCAAGUGAUGGAUUGGCGUGAUUGUUUGGAGUUUGAGAAGAGAGACGUUUUGGAGCGUUGUAGAGCGGUUGAGGUGAGAGAGGAGCGGUUUGAGCAAGUUAGGGUAUUCGAGGUUGAGGUUAAGGAGCGGGUCAAGGCGGUGGAGGAGAGGGAGACCGAGGUUAGGAACCGCGAUCAAGCAUUGGAUGUGAAAGACAAAGAAUUGAAUUUGAAGGAGAGUGUGUUGGAACAAAAUAAGGUGAAGUUUGAUGAGGAUAGAAAAGAGUUGGACUUGAAAGAAGAGGAGAUAGAUGAAAUAUGCACUUCGCUCGUGUUGAAGGAAAGGGAGAUGAAAGAGAGAAGUGAAAAGUUAUUGUCCAAAGAGAAGAUGUUAGGGUUAAAAGAGAAGGAGAUUGAUGAGCAUAACAAAGUGUUAGAGGCUAAAGAGAAAGCUAUGGAGUUGGAGCAAAAUCGAAUAAAUGAGAGUUCUAAACUAAUGGAAAUGAAGGAAAAAGAAAUCGAGCGGUUCCUAGAAUUGUAUUCAAAAGAGACGCAAAUCUAUAACCAUCAAAAUCAUUUGGGUUUAAAGGAUGAGCAAAUCAAGAGGCAUAUCUCGAAAGAGAAAGAAGUCGACCAACAAUUGGAUGAGGUAUUAGAGAAGCAAGGUGAUGUGCAGUGCAUAGCUUCUCAUUCUCAAACACAAGAGUUGAGAGAAAAGCAAAGUGGAAGCAGCAGUUUAACACACUUGAGUCAGGAGAAGGAGUUACCUGAUAUCCAACAAGUACUAUGUUCAAUAGAUUCCUCAUCGCCGAGUAUUGGUGGUGAUAUCUAUUCGUUGUGCAGAAACAUGGACGCAGAUGGUUUGAGAUCGUACUUAACCGAGCAUCAUUUGAAGGGAAAAUUUAUAAUUCAUGAUAAGAUAUUGGAUGCUCUUAGAUAUGCACCUGAUCCAGGAAAGCUUGUUAUCGAAGUCACUCGAAGUUCUUCCCACCAAAUAUUUGUAGAUAAGGCCGAGUCAAAAGCUGAUAAAAAUAGUUGCAUAUUGCUGUUGAUGCAGUUUAUGAAAUUAUCACCUCCAAUUACACCUGUAGUGGAAGAGGAAGCUAAGAAUUUCGCUGAUUUUCUCAAUGCUAGGUUGAUUUCCAUGGGUAAUAGUAAUACCCCUGCAGAUAAUUUUGGAUUUCUGCAGUUUGUAGCUGCGUUCAAGCUAGCAAGUUUUUAUGAUCCACAUCAACUUAUUUUCCUUUUUAGAAAAUUCUAUAGCGGGCAUGAAGUUUAUAGGAAGGGGCAGCUAGCAUGUUUAUGCCGCGCAUUGGGGCUUUCCAAGAUGAUUCCUGGUAUUAUCAAGUCUUUCAUUGUAAAGAAAAAGUUUCUGUCAGCAGUCAAGUACGCGUGUGUUUUUAAGCUACAGUAUAAAUUCCCGCCAGUGCCUCUUCUGCAAGCUUACUUGGACCUGUCAAAUAAAAAAGUGAAUGAGAAGCAGAAGAAUGGAACUUUGAAAUCCAAGAUCGAAGCUGGAAGAACAGAAUUCAGCAUUCUACAAGAAGUUACAAACUGCAUCACAAUGUUUAAACUGGAGUCAAAAUUCCCACCGGAUUCCCUUGUAUCACGAAUGAAAGAAUUGCAAGAAUGGACGCCUGAAGCUAUAAAACUACUGGAGAAACGUAGUGCAAGCUCUUGUGAUUUUGUAUCAAGUCCAAAACAGCUGCAAAAGCGUCCUCGUUACGCUGAAUGUACAGCACCCAGCCAGCCACCGGCCAACUAGAGUAGCUUCUCAACCUGGUUCGACUUAUGUUUAGGUGAAUGUAUGUAGAGUUGUAGACUGUGUCUGACUGGUAAAUAAGAUGAUAUAAAGCCCCAUCACCUGGUAAAUUAGAUGAUAUAAAUUAGAUUUUCUACCUUUCCUAAAUUUGGCCUAUGCAGUUUUAUUUUAAGGGUGAUGAUAAAUGUCACAAGUUGCGAUAACUAAAAGUUGUCGCAAUCUUACGUGUCGCAGUUUAAUUGGCACAUUUAGGCGCCACCUAGGCUAUGCUUCAUCAGAAUAUUUUUACUACCAAUGCCAUAUUUUUACUAUGAAAAUAUGUAAAUAAGAUUAUCGGUAUAAAGAAGGAAACAAAUUAGAA